AUGGGUCAGUUCACAGGAAAGCUGUCGAUGCUGAAGACCAGGCAAGUGGAGACUGCGAUGGAGGUGCGCGAGCGGAUGAACAUGCAGGGCGAGAUGACGCUCCUUUGCAAGUACUGGGGGCACUGGCGGCUCUCCACAAAGGCGGAGCGCCUUGACACCUACUUCAAGCGGAAACUCGAGUCGAAGAGGAAGCAGGUGGCCGGCGUCCAAACUUUGUUCCAGACCUUCGCCACACAGAUCGAGGCCAACCUGGAUGUCGAAGCGGAUGAUGACGACUUAGGAGGGCACGAGUCCCGGCGACGGAAGCGGCACAGCGGAAGCCGAAGCCAAGGAAGCCUGCCACGUGGCACGUCCGUGCCUUUGCCGGACAUCCACCAGAAGGCAGCGGUCGCCAGCUGA